AUUUGGUUUCAGAAAAUGCGACUUCUGCAGCUGGCGAUCGUGUAUUUGAGUGCCCAAGUGACGAGUCUUGUUGUCUGGACAGGAUCAACACACCAAAUAAUGACUUCCAUGGAAUGUUUGGCAGACGUGGACAUAACAUUCAAUUAUAAAAGUCCUCAUUUUACCAAAGAAAAGAGGUUAGCGGAGUGUGAACAAGAAAAAUGCUUUUUAGUUAAUCAUGCCCUUGCGGAUCGGUAUUCAGUUGAAAAAACCAGACAAGGUGGGCGCCUUGUGAUUCUAAAAGACGAUAUUGGAACUCACGGACAGUACAGAUGUUGUGAAUCAUAUAAUAUAUCCGCAUGUGAUAGUAUGGAAAUAGGACCUCCAACUACAAGCAUUCUGACUACGGUCAACGUGCACCAACACAGUGAAGAAGACACAUCUGCAAGAAAAGCCACAACUUCAACCGACAGCAAGUCUGAUACGAACAGCACUGUAAUCGUGUUUGUCGUUGCGAUUGUGAUGUUGUCGAUUGUAAUAAUCGUGCUGAUUGUGGUGUUAGGUAAGUGUACCAGGAAGGCAACACCAACAUUUUAAUAUGCGAAAAAAUAUCGAUUAAACA